AUGCCUCUUGCCACAUACACCUGUCUCCUCUGGCUGUUAACAAGUGGCCUCUGGACCACUCAGGCUGAGGACCCCCCAGAUGACGGCAUCUGUACCAGGAGCCCGCACCGGGGCCUGGCUCCAGCCAACGUAGACUUCGCCUUCAGUCUCUUCCGGCAGCUCGUGGCCUCAGCUCCAGACAAGAACAUGUUCAUCUCUCCCGUGAGCAUCUCCAUGGCCUUGGCCAUGCUGUCCCUGGGCGCCUCUGGCCACACCCGGACCCAGCUUCUCCAGGGCCUGGGCUUCAACCUCACUGACACCCCUGAGGCUGAAAUCCACCAGGGCUUCCAGCACCUCCACCGUCUCCUUGGGGAGUUGGGUACCAGCUUGGACAUGACCCUUGGCAAUGCCUUGUUCCUUGACCACAGCCUGGAGCUGCUGGAGUCAUUCUCAGCAAAUAUCAAGCUUUACUAUGAGUCCAAGUCCUUGGCCACAGAUUUCCAGGACUGGGAUGGAGCCAGCAGGCAGAUCAACAAAUACAUAGAGAAUAAGACACAGGGGAAGAUUGUGCACCUGUUCUCGGGCGUGGAGAGCCCAGCCACCCUCAUUCUGGUCAACUAUAUCUUCUUCAAAGGCACAUGGGCACACUCCUUUGACCAGGAAGGCACCAGGGAAAAGAACUUUUAUGUGAAUGAGACGACCACAGUGCUGGUGCCCAUGAUGUUCCAGUCCAGCACCAUCAAGUACCUGCACGACUCAGUGCUGCCCUGCCAGCUGGUCCAGCUGGACUACAUGGGCAAUGGCACCGCAUUCUUCAUCCUUCCUGAUGAAGGCAAGAUGGACACGGUGAUCGCUGCCCUGAGCCGGGACACCAUUCAGCGGUGGUCCAACCUCCUAACCAGCAGCUGGGUGCACCUGUACAUCCCGAAGGCCUCCAUAACCGGGGACCACAAGCUCAGAGGUGUGCUGGCAGCCAUGGGCAUCUCAGACCUGUUCACCAACCGGGCGAAUUUCUCCAACCUUGCCAAAGAGGCCCAGCUGAAGGUAUCAGAGGUGGUCCAUAAAGCUGUUCUACAACUGGACGAGAAGGGAGCAGAGGCUGCUGUCAGCCCUGGAAGGACUCUGCAGCUUGUUUCUGAACCCCUCACCAUCAGCUUCAACCGGCCCUUCCUCAUCAUGAUCUUCGACCACUUCACCUGGAGUAGCCUGUUCCUGGGCAAGAUUGUGAGCCCAGCCUAAGGACGGGUCCAGCCUGGGGCCACUGCUCCAUCUGACUUUGGACACCUGCAGAAGUGGGAGGUUUCUGCCAAUUUCUCUCAGUUUUCCUCCCACAAGCCAGAGUUGCCCACCUCUGUGCAUCUUGUAAUAAAUACCCAUCACUGUGAGUCUGCCCGCAAGUACAGCAGAAGGAGAAGACAUGGGGACACGGAGGACAAACCCCCAGACCCUGUGUCUCAGACUCUCCAGGUUAUUGUAACAAAUCCCACAGGUGAGGUAGCUGAUAGACAACAGGGAUUAGUGUCUCACCAUUGAGGAAGUUGGAAGCCCAGAGGGCACCUGCCUGGCCAGGUUCUGAUGACAGUCCGCUUGCUGGCUUUCAUGCAGUUGACUCCUUGGUGUGUUGUCACACAUCAAAUAAAGUUCAGAUCUGGACAGGACUCUUCGAUGAGGGCACAAAAUCUGUCACCAGCCUCCACUGUGGCCUCAUGACCUCCCACCUGUUCAUGUUUUCAUCUGGGGGUUGAGUGUCAGUGGAGGAUUUAGGGGGGAUGGGAGGACACAGACCUUCAGGUCAUGAUGUCUUGGCUCCCGUAAGAUCCCAGCCCUCAUGGCACUUGUUACACUGUCUGCUUGGCAGGUGAUAGAAUUCAAUCGGUUGGGUUUUGCUUUGGUAGUAUGGUUUUUAUGGUGCUCAUUUUUACAAGGCAAACAACAUGGCAUUAUCAGCUCCUCUACUCUGGUUCCUCCCUGCUAAAAACAAUUCACAUCUUAGUAUUGGAUGUGUGUGUUCCCAAAUAUAAGAGUAUUU